AUGUGCAACUCAUCGCCUUCAUCUUGUGUCGACAAGGCCAAUCGAUGGGAGCUCUCUUCAAGUGCCUCGUCGCCACAAUCAGACUAUUCGACCAACCCGAACCACAGCUUGUUGUCUUCGCCCGAAUCUCCUGCUGAGACGGAGAUGUCUCUACCCAGCCUUGGAUCUCCAGACUUUCAGAAGUCUCCCGCCAAUGGACAGCCUCACUUUGUCGUCAUGCCCAGUUUCGCGAACCACAUUAUCGUCGGGCAGCAAGCAUACGCACCGAGUCAAAUUCGGGGGAUGCGAGAUCAACUUCAGCAAGCACGACACACCGGAGAGUUUCCCAAGACAACAUCUCUAUCAGAAGAUGCCCAAACCAUUGUGGAGGACUACCAGCUUCUCAAACGUCUUCGCGAUGUACGAGGCGAUCCUUCUUUGCCACCGCCACAAGCAUACAACAUCCUCAAGGUUGACAUUGCCCGUCGCAUCAAGGCCCGCGAUGAAGCCCAACAAGGUGAAUCCGACCUUCAAGAGAUUGACCAUCGGGUUCAAGGCUGGAUGAACUCAAUCAGCAAGGAAGCCCGCAUGUUGGAGAUUACGCAGGCGGCACUUCAGCGCAAGGGCAUCAACAACCCCACCCAAGACGACUUGGACGCCAUCGCCGAAGAGUUCAUGCAGAUUGCCGAGCGCACACUUCUCGACGUCGCCAACCCCCUGCGAAUGAACGCCUCGCGAAUGGAGGGCAACAUCAGUCGCUUCGACAGCCAGCUCAAUGGCCUGUCGUCGCUUGAUGCUAUGAACACACAAAUCAACACUCUCAAUUCUGUCAUGAACAGUCUUCAUGCAAACAUGAGCGCUUCAGCUGAAGCUAUGAACACAAUUCUGGCGUCUCAAAGCAACACCUUCAAUGGGUCAGCCAACAUGCUCAACACAGCACUGAACAUCGUCUCGGCUGACUUGCACCAACUCACGUCCAACCUUCCGGCCUUGAUUGCCACGGCAGUUCAAGCUGCAGUCCGAGAGCAGCUUCCUUCUAUCUCCAACCAACACGAUGUCAACGCGCAGCAUCGAGUAAACUUCGAGCAGCCACCUGGUUAUGCCACAGUGAAGCGGUCGCAACAACACCAGCAGGCUGGUAGAGAGACUUUCACCGCAUUCACACACCCGGUGGGCUCGAAGACUCAAAUCUCGGAGAAGCAACACUACGAACAGACUUCUCACCUGAACACACCACCGAACGCGUCGAAACUCAAGAAGUUGUUGCGGUGCAUCAUUGGAAAGGGGAGGUUGGCGAUAAAGGAGGGUCACAAGAGAGCAAACCCAGCAUGA